UCAGCCUCCAUCCCCCCGAGCGGAGCUGCGGGGCCGGCCGGGCCGGGGCGGACCCCGGGGACCCCGACACGGCCGCCCGGGCCCGCGGGCGGGGGGAGCGGCACCAGGGGCCGCCACCAUGGAGUUCCGCCAAGAGGAGUUUCGGAAGCUGGCGGGGCGCGCCCUGGGGCGGCUGCACCGCCUUCUGGAGAAGCGACAGGAAGGUGCAGAGACUCUGGAGUUGAGUGCGGACGGGCGCCCGGUGACCACCCAGACUCGGGACCCGCCGGUGGUGGACUGCACCUGCUUCGGCCUCCCUCGCCGUUACAUCAUCGCCAUCAUGAGCGGCCUGGGAUUCUGCAUCAGCUUCGGCAUCCGCUGCAACUUAGGCGUAGCCAUCGUGUCCAUGGUCAACAACAGCACCACCCACCGCGGGGGCCACGUGGUGGUGCAGAAAGCUCAGUUCAACUGGGAUCCAGAGACUGUCGGCCUCAUCCACGGCUCCUUUUUCUGGGGUUACAUUGUCACCCAAAUUCCCGGGGGAUUUAUCUGCCAAAAAUUCGCAGCUAACAGGGUUUUCGGUUUUGCAAUUGUGGCAACAUCCACUCUCAACAUGCUGAUCCCCUCCGCUGCCCGGGUCCACUACGGCUGCGUCAUCUUCGUGAGGAUCCUGCAGGGGUUGGUAGAGGGGGUCACGUACCCCGCCUGCCACGGGAUCUGGAGCAAGUGGGCCCCACCCUUAGAGCGGAGCCGCCUGGCGACGACAGCAUUUUGCGGUUCCUAUGCUGGGGCGGUGGUCGCGAUGCCCCUGGCCGGGGUCCUGGUGCAGUACUCGGGAUGGAGCUCGGUGUUCUACGUCUACGGCAGCUUCGGGAUCUUCUGGUACCUGUUCUGGCUGCUCGUGUCCUACGAGUCCCCGGCGCUGCACCCCAGCAUUUCGGAGGAGGAACGCAAGUACAUCGAGGACGCCAUCGGCGAGAGUGCCAAACUCAUGAACCCCGUCACGAAGUUCAACACCCCCUGGCGGCGCUUCUUCACGUCUAUGCCGGUCUACGCCAUCAUCGUGGCCAACUUCUGCCGCAGCUGGACCUUCUACCUGCUGCUCAUCUCGCAGCCCGCCUACUUCGAGGAGGUGUUUGGCUUUGAGAUCAGCAAGGUGGGCCUGGUUUCGGCGCUGCCGCACCUGGUCAUGACCAUCAUCGUGCCCAUCGGCGGCCAGAUCGCCGACUUCCUGCGCAGUCGCCGCAUCAUGUCCACCACCAACGUGCGCAAGCUCAUGAACUGCGGGGGCUUCGGCAUGGAAGCCACGCUGCUGCUGGUGGUCGGCUACUCGCACUCCAAGGGCGUGGCCAUCUCCUUCCUGGUCCUGGCUGUGGGCUUCAGCGGCUUUGCCAUCUCCGGGUUCAACGUGAACCACCUGGACAUCGCCCCGCGCUACGCCAGCAUCCUCAUGGGCAUCUCCAACGGCGUGGGCACACUGUCAGGCAUGGUCUGCCCCAUCAUCGUGGGCGCCAUGACCAAGCACAAGACCCGGGAGGAGUGGCAGUACGUGUUCCUGAUCGCCUCCCUGGUUCACUAUGGGGGCGUCAUCUUCUACGGGGUCUUUGCUUCCGGGGAGAAGCAGCCGUGGGCGGAGCCCGAGGAGAUGAGCGAGGAGAAGUGUGGCUUCGUGGGCCACGACCAGCUGGCUGGCAGUGAGGACAGCGAGAUGGAGGACGAGGCGGAGCCCCCGGGAGCGCCCCCUGCACCGCCGCCCUCCUACGGAGCCACCCGCAGCACAGUUCAGCCCCCGCGGCCCCCGCCCCCAGUCCGGGACUACUGACCUUGUGCCUCCCACCGAGUGGCAGUUUCCAGAACUUCCAUUCCACACUUGUCGGGCCUGAGGGGCGACGGCGAGGAGCCCCAGUGCUGUCUGUCUGUCUGUCCCUCCGCAGGCCUAGGCAGCGCCCACUCUCCCCUGUACCCCCCGUGCUGUUACAACCUCAUCCCUCCUCAGCCACCUCUAGGGGGGGAGGUGAAGCUGUUAUGUAGACUGGCAGUUUCAAGGAUACCCAACCACCCUCACAGCCCCCAAAGGUCUCUUCCACUUGUUCUGCCUCUGGUUUCAAACCUCUCCUUUCAGGGCUUCUGUUUUAAAUGGACAGUUCAACCUUGUGCUCUUGUGGUUUGGGGGAUCACACCUCACCUUCCAUUUAGUGCCCCCCCUUCUCCUUUCAGGAAAAAAAAAAAAGUAAGGUCUUAUUCUAGGAGUUUCCAGUCCCUUCCAACGCUAGUCUGCACCUGCCAGGCGGCUGGAGCCAGCCUCCCUUCCCCGCCAUGCUCCGGAUGAUUCUCACCAGCGGUUCUGAGGGGAAAUGGCGGUUUCAAGAGCCCCCACUUCCACCCCCACCCCAGACCUUCCUGGCUUAUCACACCCUCUAGGAAAACAACCAAUUGGCAGUUGUGAUACACUGCCUCUAUCCCCAAGCACUUUCUUUGGACACCGUCUUCAGGUCUAAUCAACAGCUGCUCACGUUCUCAGCCCAGUGAUC